CUGAAGAUCAUGAACCAGACAGACCUCGCUAACACCCUGCAGAGGAAACUGGUCUCUGUAUAUCAGAAAAAACUUAAAUCCAAUCUGAGAGAGAAAUGUAAAAGAAUCAGUGAAGGAAUCUCCCAGCAUGGAAGCUCAGCACUUCUGAAUGAGAUCUUCACAGAGCUCUACAUCACAGAGGGUUGGAGUGAAGGCGUCAAUAAUGAACAUGAGGUCAGACAGAUUGAAGCUACAUCCAGGAGACCAGCAGUACAGGAGAUUUCCAUCAAAUGCACUGACCUCUUUAAAGACGUGUCCAUCAGAACUGUGCUGACUAAAGGAAUCGCUGGAAUUGGAAAAACAGUCUCAGUGCAGAAGUUCAUUCUGGACUGGGCUGAAGGGAAAGCCAAUCAGGACGUUGUCUUCAUAUUUCCACUUCCUUUUAGAGAGCUGAACUUGAUGAAGCAGGAAAAUCUCAGUCUGAUGGAACUUCUUCAUCAGUUUUUCCCAGAAGUGAAAGAUCUGCCAUCAUUAGACUGUGAUGCUUAUAAAGUUUUGUUCAUCUUUGAUGGUCUGGAUGAGUGUCGACUUCCUCUAGAUUUUCAAAAUAAUGAGCGAUUGUGUAACAUAACAAAGUCAGUAAACAUGGAUGUGCUGCUGACAAACCUCAUCAAGGGGAACCUGCUUCCCUCUGCUCACCUCUGGAUCACCACUCGACCAGGAGCAGCCAAUCAGAUCCCUCCUGAGUGUGUAGAACAGGUAACAGAGGUACGAGGGUUCAGUGAUCCUCAGAAAGAGACGUACUUCAGGAAGAGGAUCAGUGAUGGGGACCUGGCCAGAAAAAUCAUCACUCACAUGAAGUCAUCAAGAAGCCUCUACAUCAUGUGCCACAUUCCAGUCUUCUGCUGGAUCUCAGCCUCUGUUCUAGAGAGAAUUCUGGGUGGAGCCGAGAGGAAAGAGAUCCCCAAAACUCUGACUCAAAUGUUCACCCACUUCCUGAUCUUUCAGAUAAAACACAAGGAACAAAAGUACCAUGGGAAAUCUGACCCUGAUCCUCACCAGACCAGUGAGAUGAUUCUGGCACUGGGAAAACUGGCCUUCCAACAGAUGGAGAAAGGAAACCUGAUCUUCUAUGAAGAAGACCUGAGAGAAUGUGGCAUUGAUGUCAAAAACACAUCAGUGUACUCAGGAGUCUGUACCCAGAUCUUCAAAAAAGAGGAUGGGCUGCACCUGGGUCAGGUCUUCAGCUUUGUGCACCUGAGUGUUCAGGAGUUUCUGGCUGCUUUAUAUGUGUUUCUCACCUUCAUCAACAAAAACAGAAAUGUGCAGGUGAUGCAAAACACUGGAUUAUUUAACAUCUUUAGAAACUAUACAAACAUGUCUGACUUUCUGAAGAGUGCAGUGGACAAGGCCUUACAGAGUAAGAAUGGACACCUGGAUCUUUUCCUCCGCUUCCUCCUGGGUCUCUCACUAGAGUCCAAUCAGACUCUCUUACGAGGCCUACUGUCACAAACAGGAAGUAGCUCUUACAACAAAGAGGUAACAGUCAGGUACAUCAAGGAGAAGAUCAGUGAGAAUCCCUCUCCAGAGAAAUCCAUCAAUCUGUUCCACUGUCUGAAUGAACUGAACGAUGAUUCUCUAGUGCAGGAAGUCCAACAAUACCUGAACAGAGAAGGUUCUCUUCAUCAUGAUGUACACCGUCUGUCUCCUGCUCAGUGGUCGGCUCUGGUGUUUGUGUUGCUGAACUCAGAUCAGAAGCUGGAUGAGUUUGAUUUGAGUAAAUAUUAUGCAUCACAUGAAGGUCUUCUGAAGCUCCUGCCAGUGGUGAAAGAAUCAAGAAGAGCUGACUUGACAACGACGUCUCAUGCUGUUCACAAGUCGACUUAUUGUCUGCUGAGGCGUGGCAUCCCACUCUUCUUGAAUGGCGGCCCUCAGAUCAUUGAGGUUCUGGUUAUGAGUUAUGAGCCUCUACACGGCGACUCAGCUGAUCCCAGAGGUUUUCUAUGGGAUUCAGGUCUGGAGAAAGUGCAGGCCACUCCAUUUGAGGAGGGCGACCAUGAAAAGGCAAAGAUACUUCAAAAACAACUGAAGUUGGAGAUUAAGGAGGGGAAACAGAGAGUAGAACAACAGUUACAACAGGAAGGAGUGCGUCAGGUCUGGAAUGGCAUGAGAAAGAUCACUGGUUUGAAACAGAAGGAAGGAGGGCUGCUUGAUGGUGACCAGGACACAGCUGAGGACCUGAAUUUGUUCUUCAACAGAUUUGAACAAUCUACCUCACAAUGCCUUCUACCUGUUGCACACAAUGCCACCUUGUCAUCAGUAACCACACCCUUAACAUUUAAACCAUAUCAAGUGAAAAGGGAACUGGAUCGACUUAAGCAGGGAAAAGCAGCUGGACCUGACGGAAUCUGCCCCAGGCUGUUGAGGAUUUGUUCCAGUCAGCUUUGUGGCAUUUUCACACACCUUUUCAACCUGAGCUUGCAUCUACAGAGGAUCCCCACUCUGUGGAAAACUUCCUGCUUGGUUCCCGUUCCCAAAAAGAGACACCCAACAAAUCCCAACGACUACAGGCCUGUCGCCCUUACUUCACAUGUUAUGAAGUCGCUAGAGAGACUAGUCCUUGCUCACAUCAGACCCAGAGUGAAGGAACACAUGGAUCCUCUACAGUUCGCCUACCAACAAAACAUCGGCGUGGAUGAUGCUCUCAUCUAUACGUUACAGAGGGCUCAUGCUCAUCUGGACAGUGUGGACACUACUGUGAGGAUUAUGUUUUUCGAUUUUUCAUGUGCCUUCAAUACUAUACGUACAACCUGCACGGCUAGGUUGGAUGAUUGUUCUCUAACAGAGGAAAGUUGUGAAGUUCUGUCCUCAGUUCUCAGUUUAAACUCCUCCAGUCUGAAACAUCUGAACCUGAAUAACAACAAACUGAAGGAUUCAGGAGUGAAGCUGCUCUCUGCUGGACUGGAGAAUCCACACUGUAAACUGGAGAUACUGAGGUUGGAUGAUUGUUCUCUAACAGAGGAAAGUUGUGAAGUUCUGUCCUCAGUUCUCAGUUUAAACUCCUCCAGUCUGAAACAUCUGAACCUGAAUAACAACAAACUGAAGGAUUCAGGAGUGAAGCUGCUCUCUGCUGGACUGGAGAAUCCACACUGUAAACUGGAGAUACUGAGGUUGGAUGAUUGUUCUCUAACAGAGGAAAGUUGUGAAGUUCUGUCCUCAGUUCUCAGUUUAAACUCCUCCAGUCUGAAACAUCUGAACCUGAAUAACAACAAACUGAAGGAUUCAGGAGUGAAGCUGCUCUCUGCUGGACUGGAGAAUCCACACUGUAAACUGGAGAUACUGAGGUUGGAUGAUUGUUCUCUAACAGAGGAAAGUUGUGAAGUUCUGUCCUCAGUUCUCAGUUUAAACUCCUCCAGUCUGAAACAUCUGAACCUGAAUAACAACAAACUGAAGGAUUCAGGAGUGAAGCUGCUCUCUGCUGGACUGGAGAAUCCACACUGUAAACUGGAGAUACUGAGGUUUGCUGGUUGUUCUCUAACAGAGGAAAGUUGUGAAGUUCUGUCCUCAGUUCUCAGUUUAAACUCCUCCAGUCUGAAACAUCUGAUCCUGAGUUACAAUGAACUGAAGGAUUCAGGAGUGAAGCUGCUCUCUGCUGGACUGGAGAAUCCACACUGUACACUGGAGAUACUGGAGUUGUGGAGCUUCAGCUCUGAAAUCAAAUCCAUCAUCACGUCUGAAACUGACCUACAAUAAUCCAGGAGAAUCAGGAGUAAAACUGCUCAAAGAUCUACAGGUGGAUCCACAAUGUAACCUGAAGAAACUACAGUUGUGGAGCUUCAGCUCUGAAAUCAAAUCCAUCAUCACGUCUGAAACUGACCUACAAUAAUCCAGGAGAAUCAGGAGUAAAACUGCUCAAAGAUCUACAGGUGGAUCCACAAUGUAACCUGAAGAAACUACACUUCUGAUUCUAAUACACAUUGUAAGAAGAUGAAGAGCAGUGAAGAUAAACACCAUCUACUCUCCACACUCAGAUUAUACAUGGUGACACUUUGUUCAGCUUCUUGCUGCUCAAAUCUGUAAACAUGCUUUCUGUCAGUUUGUUGUCGAGGCAAUUAAGGGAUUAAAAACCUUGCUCAAGGGCCCAACAGUGGCAACCUGGCAUUAAAGCAAUAAACUACAAUAACGAUUAUUCUACAACAGAUUAAAAUGAUGAGAAACAAAGUGAUGAUUCUUAUUAAUGAUGUUAAAUAUAGAAGAUGAUGAUAAUGUCAGUAUUUGAUAAAAGAUGCAGCAAGUGUAGCAGUUCUGUUAAUGACUAAUAAUAAUAUUAAUAAUAACACUAAUAUAUCAUGAGUGAUAUUUUGAAUGAACCUUGUGUUCAUCUUACCUUUAAUGACUGGAACUACUGUAUCAUUACAUUUUGGGAAUAUUUUAUGUGGAGUUUAUAUUCUUAAUAACUUUUAUCUUCCUGUAGUAAUGCAGUGCAGUAAAAAAAAGUAU